AUCCUUCUAGAAGCAACGCAUAUCAGCGGACACGCAGCGGCCGACUGAAAGCAAAGUUUAUUUUCAUCACUUCAAUUAGAAACUGCAGAAGGUAGUUUUCUAAGGUUUCUUCAGGACAGCGAUGGACAUCAAUGAACUGAUCGCCGGUCUUGAGAGUGAUUUUAAAGAGAUCACGAGUCUGCUGGAGAAAUGUGAACGCCAGCGCCUGCGGGAUGUGUUAACGCAAGAGCAGAAGAAGAUAGAGAAAGAGCUGGCACAGAAACGACAGCAGAAACUGCAGCAAGCCAAGAAAGACUCUGGAGACAAAACGGACACAACACUCAAAGGAUACACAGUUAACAUUAAUAAUUAUGGAUGGGACCAGUCUGACAAAUUCGUCAAAAUCUACAUCACACUUAAAGGAGUACAUACCAUUCCAGCUGAAAAUGUUGAGGCCAACUUCACAGAGAGAGGUUUCAAUGUUCUAGUCAAAGAUCUGGAUGGGAAGAACCAUCAAAUGACAGUCAACAACCUUUUAUAUCCCAUUAUUGUAGCAGAGAGUAGUAAAAAGAUAAAAACAGACAUGAUCCUUAUUAUGUGCAAGAAGAAGUCAACAAAAAAGUGGGACUGCUUGACACAAGUAGAAAAACAGUCUAAGGAGAAAGACAAACCCAACUUGAAUGCGAAUGCUGAUCCAAGCGAGGGGCUGAUGAGCGUCCUGAAGAAGAUCUACACGGAUGGAGAUGACGAGAUGAAACGCACUAUCAACAAGGCCUGGGUUGAGUCUCAGGAGAAGAAGGCCAAAGCAGAUGACUUUGACUUCUAAGCCAGCUUACUGAUCUGCUUUUACAGUGAAGCACCC